GAAUAAACUUAUCAGCUGCGUUAAAUUUGUCUCCAACACCGGGGGUGCCGUUCAAUGACCUGUUUUUAGAUCCGGCAGUAGUUUACUGUAAAGGCAUGAAGUAGGUCAUAGGGCAAGAGAUGUGUUUUCCAAAACGACCUAGUUUUGAAGUUUGCGUUUCGGAGAACAGAGAGAGAAAGCAGCUCUCUGGGGAAUGAACAGUACACGGUAUCUGAAGAGAAAAGCUUCUGAUAUGAGUUAGGUGUGGUAGAUCUACAAGACUUACACUUAGUGUAGCUGUGAGAUAUUACCGUGAGACAGCCCUAGAAGAAGAACAGAACAUGAUGUGGUGUCAGCACUCUAUGUUACCCACGAUUCUGGUUGUUUUGAAGAUCAACAACAUCUUUGCGAUAUCCUGUUUUGAGAGCACUAACCAGGGUUUCAGUCACCUCAAUUGUUCGGUAGAAAAAUCAGACACCUGCCAAAAGCAGUGGAUUAAACCAGGGAAUGACAUGAACCCAGGUUCUCCCACCAGACUCAACGUGACCCUGAUGUUCCUAAACCACAGUAACAAGAGUUAUCCGGGACUGGGUAUUACGUGGCAGACAGCAGACGACGCAUCAUACCAGUAUACCGAAGGGUUUCGAAUGCAUGCACGAUAUCUCUCCGGGAAUUCAAUUGGAUCUUUGUGCAGAAUAUUUAAUAUAGAGAAGACCGGCUGGAUACAGGAGGACCUAAACAAUAAGCCAACCUUUUUCUUCGAAAUAUGGCCACUUCCUGCAGGUGACAAUACAGUGUUCGUGGAGAUCUGCAGCUUACCUCUACCCAAGGCCGGCCACAACAGACCAUGUGCAGACACUUUUGUUAGCGUACCAAAGCAGUUAUACGGUACAGACCCCAACGUAUCCGUGGCACCAUCAGAAUGGACUACUUCUAUCCAGUUCCGUAACUAUUCCUGUGGUGGUGUAGAUGUCAACUUCGUCCUGGCCCCAAAAAACUACGGCUUUAAACUUUAUGAAGUCAGACUUGUAAACAUAGAGGAAACGAAGAUCGUUGAUUCUAAGGAGGUGCACACAUUAAAUGAGAGAGGGUCGGUUCACGGUGUUUCGUUCAACGACGUUCCCAAUGGGAAGUAUUAUAUAUGGGUCCAGCCCCGAGACCUGCCGCAAGAUAGGCAAGUCAGUGGUCGCUGUGUAUGUAAGAAUACAUAUGACGUCUGUAUGAACAACUGUCUCAUUACGGAGACGGUAGUGCCCGUCACAAUACAAGAAUGUCCCGGUACGACACCAGUGGAGAAAGGGACUACAACAGUGGGAAGAAGGACUACAACUGUGGGGAGGACUACGCCUGUGGGCAGUAGGCCUUCAGGGGCCGUUAUGAUUGCUUCCAUAAUUAUCGGACUAUCUGGAAUACUGUUUGGAAUACUAGUUUUGGUUGUCGUCUGCUCAAGAAUGAAUCGCCGACGUACCUUAAAGUUUUCAAGCUGCAACCAAGGCAGUGAAGGACAAGACGGUACUAAUAAUUCAAGUAGCUUCGAGACUAAAGGACAGACCCUCAAAAACUUUUCUCCAGUCGACGAGGACAAUUUGUUGACAAGAAAAAAGAGAGUAUUGAUCCUUUUCUCCGAGGAGCAUCCAAAACAUACCAAGGUAGUGCUGAAUUUCGCUAACUUUCUGCAAGCCGCGUGCUACUGUGACGUCAUUCUGGAUUGGUGGUGUCGCCGCGAAAUAUUCAGCGAGGGAAAGACGGCCUGGUUGUCCAAAAACAUCGAGAAAGCGGAAUGCGUCCUUGUUGUCAGCUCUGAGGGAGCUUACAGACGAUUCAAUGCACACCUCCAGGGAAGGUCUUUUGACUCCUUGGGGAAUUCUAGUCCUUUGUCAGACAUGUUUAUGCACGGUCUUUCCAUGCUCCGCCAGCGGUACUUUACAGAGCACAACUACAGCAAAUACAUCAACGUAAGAUUCACCUACACUCCCGUCGCCUUCUCUCUUCCUGACAUGCACAACAAUGUUGUGCUCAUGGACCAUAUUGACGAUUUGUUCUUUCACAUCCAUGGCAUUGAGAAAUACGAUCACGGUGUAAAACGUACUGCCGAAAGGAUAAAUCGAGACGACUAUUUUACCGACCCUAUGGGAAAUCCUGAAGGUGUGAACCUCCACAACGCCAUACGAGAGGCGACAGAUUUUUUCAAUGACCACAAAGACUGGUUUAAUGAUCAAGAGUUUGAAUUAAAACCGCCGAGAAGUGUUGAACGUUAUUGUCGUCUGGACUCGGGCUUGGCCUCCUUGUCCACUGGAGAGGGCGAAGAUUCACCUGCUUUGUCUCUUAGCUUGAGUGACAAUAUUGAAGGUGAUGACGCUUUUGUCUCAGUACAAGAAAAUAUGUCUUCAUCCAGGAGAAACCCCAAGACUACACCGAACGAGCAAUCAUCGUGCGAUAGGGACCAACGUCCACUGGUUGAUUCUGCGGCAAAAACUUACAAUACACCAAAUUACACCUCUAUUAACAAUGUGUCAUUUCCAGUAUCUAUACCUUUCCACUCUCUACAUGAUGGCUGCAACCCGUGCGUUGAUAAACAAAAAGCAAGACCACAUGUUACCAUUCCUUGCCAACAUCCCCCGAAACUCAUCCCGCCAGAUUUAUCUCUCACAGCUAACAUUUCACCCGAUCCACCAAUAAUGUUCAUUCCACCUGUAUUUGACGACAAUCAGAGUAAGACUUUCAGUCAGAUUGCCAAUGACAUCAAUGCCGAGUGUGAAGAUGAUUUUCUCACCUAUGCUGGGACAGAUGAAAAUGAAAUGAUUGGAGAAGAAACGAAUGAUGAAGAUUGCAUUUCGGUGCAAAGUAUUGGUGGUGCAAGUGUUUAAUAUUUAGAAAAGAAAUUUGGAUACAAGUGAAAGUGUGACCAUCAUAAACUGUUUUGGGCGAGACAAUUUUAUUCAGGUAUAU